AUGUUGAACACUUACAGUUCUAUUGGUUCCCUUUACUGUAAAUUGAAAAGGUACGAACAAGCUCGUCAACAAUAUGAAAAAAAAUUACAAUUUAUCAACAAUGAUGAUCAAAAUGGCAUUGGUUUGUGUUAUAUACAAAUGGGUUGGUGUUAUAUGCGAGAAAAAUCGACUGAUCAGGCUCUCGAUUAUUACUUAAAAAGUUCAAAGUUAUGUUCAGAAAGCUCAACGUUACUUGAUGCCUAUUUAGGGUUAUGUGACUGUUAUUUUAGUAAAAAAGAUUUUGAUCAAGCUUUAGUUUACUAUAAUAAAGCAAUAGAAUAUACUGAAGAUAAAGAAGUAGCAAGAAAAAUUAAUUUAUUUAUGGGUAAAAGUGAGUGUUACCAACAUAAAUUAGACUAUGAACAAGCAUUAGAAGAAUACAAAACCUGUUUGAAAUUAAUUAUAUUAAACGACGAUAAUAAACAACAGCAGUCAAUUGUUAAAGUCUUACUAAACAGCAAUAAAAGUAACAAUGAUGAUGAUACAAAUGAUAUAGUAUAUUAUACCGACUUAAUUGAUGAUAAUCAAAUUGAAAAUGAUCAGCUGGCAACGAUAUAUAACGAUAUUGGAUUUUGUUAUUAUAAACUGAAUUUCUACUUAUUAUCAUUAAAAUAUUACAAAAAAAGUUUAUAUUUAUAUUCAACUGCAACAACUAUGACAGAACAACAACAAAAACUAAAUUGUAAACUACUCAGUAUCAUAAGCUCUCUCUAUUCAAUUCUAAGUAAUAAUAAAAUGGCACUCGACUAUGCAUUUAAAUAUUUACGAAUAUUAGAAGCAAUUGAACUGCGUCAAAAUCAAGAACAAAUUGAACUAGCUAAUUGCUAUAAUAAUAUCGGGUGGUACUACUAUUCGGAUGAUGAACAUAAAUUAGCCUUAGAUUAUUGUCAAGAAGCAAUUGAUUUAUAUCAACAACUGACUCUUGAAACUGUAGAUGAACAACAAAAUUAUGCCAAUGCUUGGAGCUCUUUAGCUGUUAUUUAUUACGAUUUAGAUCAAAUUUCAGAAUGUUUCGAUUGUUGUCAAAAGUCAAUGAAAAUAUUUUAUAAAACAUCAACAACUUCCCAUGGUGCUGUAGGUUUUAAUUAUGAACUCUAUGCUAAUUUGCAUCUUAAAAACGGACAACGUUGGGUGGCUGAAGAAUUCUAUAGAAAAGCAUUGAACAUAAUUAAGACUCAUGCACCAUUUGAACUACAAGCGAUUACUAGAAUUGAAAAUAACUAUGAAGUACAUUUUUCUUUUCGAUUAUGCUUAAAAACUUCAUUGGUCGGUAUCUUAAUUUCACUGGCUGUAGAGCCCUGUCAGGUAUUAACAGAUCAAACAAUACCAGCAUCAGAAAAGUUUUAGUUCACUCUACAAAGUGCAAAUAAAUACAUUAGAAAAGUUUUUUUAGUAAGCUGCCUGUAAUUUGAAGUUUCCAUGACUUUUUCUUUCUGAUAUACUUAUACAUGGUUGGAUAGAAGACAUCGGUGCCUUCAAGGUAAAGUAACAAGCGAUGGGUGGUUCGGCGGAAGCGAAGUUAGUUUGAUUUCGAAUGAUUUCUCAUAUGACGAUAAGGCGUUUUGAUUAUCCCCCAUAGAGAUAUUCGCCAGCUUUAUGGUAGGCAGUUCUAGUAAAAUCGAUUCGCUAUUUUCGUAUUUUGGAUGUUAGACUUAAGUUUCUAUGGAAGAUGGUGCCUCGAAUCCAAUGUGAUGGUAAUAUCAAAAUCUGAUUCCAUCAGUGUACCCAUCUAACAUGAUUAAAGUUGUCAUCACCCGAAUUUAAAGUAAUGAUUGUAAAGGUGAAAACACGAAACAUACGAAAGCAGCUAUUUUUUUCAAGUUUAAAACCAGGAUGAAUUUUGUCAUAAUUACGCUCGAGUCAGUCGCAUAUAUUAGAAACUACUAACUAUAUAAGUAAUUGGUGGAGAAAAAGCUGUUGCCGAAAAUUGUAUUAUGCUGUUGUACGUUAUGAUAUAGCAAACAAGUUAGAAUACAUGUGAAUUUUAACAUGAAUGACAUUCUAUGACGGGUUUCUUUUCUAUUCGAGAACCUUACAAUUCUGAUUUAAAUGUGAAAAAACGUCGAUUUGCCUGUAAGACGUAAUAAUCUAAACAUUAACAUGAAGAUUCCGAAGAGUCAGGUGUUUAUGCAUAACAACAAGGUUAGGGAAUGUCUCAGUCUUUAUUAAAACAUUCGAUUCACCAUAAAUGCUUUUCUUUACUUUGAUAAAUAAAGUAGAAAGUGGAAGAAAUUUUUCUUAUUCCAUACGAAAAGAUCUUAAUCAUUGUUUAUUACGCAAUUUGUUCACCAAAGCUUGAUUAUCUAUUACUUCCGAAUGGUCAGGACCGAAAGCUAAACGAGCGCUAUGAACAGAACGCUCGGCAUGUUUGAGAGCACUAGUGAUGAGUGGUCGGGUGGGAGUUUUUUUACUUGAAUUGAAAGUGCCUUUUCGUAAAACAGAAGAGCAUUUGGCUUAUCUCCUAUUGAAGCGUAAGCAACUGCAAUAUUGUUAUAGUUGAUUGCCAAAUCAAGAUCAUCUGGAGGCGCCGAUUUUUCGCGAAUUUCAAUUGGUUUCUUAUAAAACGCGACUGCAUUUGAGCAAUCUUGCAUCGAAUAAUGUAGAGAUGCAAUACUAGUACAGAUUGUAGCCAAGGAUGGGUCAUCGACUGCAAGCUUUUUUAAUCGAAUUCCAAGUGCCUUUUCGUAAAACAGAAGAGCAUUUGAUUCAUCGUUCAUUGAACUAUAAGCGACAGCAAUGUUGUUAUAAUUAGUUGACAGCGAUAAAUCAUCCCGAGUUAACAAUUUCUCUUCAAUCGUAAUCGCUUUCUUAUAAAAGAUAACAGCAUUCGAAUAGUUCUUCAUCGAAUAAUGUAGAGAUGCAAUUCUAGUGUAGAUUGUAGCUAAUGUUGAAUCGUUCGUGGUAAAAGAUUGUUCUUGAAUGGCUAGUGUCUUUUCAUAAAACGCAAGUGAAUUUAUAUUAUCUCCCAUUAAUCUAUAGGCAACAGCGAUAUUGUUGUAGGUGGUUGUCAAUGUCAAGUCAUCACUAGCGAGAGAUUUUUCUCGAAGUUGAAGUGCUUUUUUGUAGAAAGAGACAACACUCGAGUAGUUUCCCAUCUCAUGAUACGCUAAAGCGAUGUUGCUAUAAGUUGUAGCAAGCGUUACAUCAUCAGAAGAGAUCUUUUUCUUGAAUAUCAAGUGCUUUCUUGUGAAAUGAGAGUGCCUUUAAGUAGUCUUUCAUCGAAUAAUAUACUAAUCCAAUAUUGUUGUAUGAAGUACCCAAAUCUUGGUGAUCGUCAGGAAGUGAUUUUUGUUCAAUUUGAAGCGCUUUUUCAUAAAACGAAAGUGCAUUCUGAUAAUCGUUCAUCUCGUAAUAGACUAAACCCAUGUUGUUAUACGUAAUAGCCAAAUUACGAUUCUUAGGAUUAUGAGAUAUGCUUUGUAUUUUAAGUGCUUUUUCAAAAAACGGAAGAGCAGUAGAAUACUCUUUCAUCGAACGAUGUGUUGAUCCAAUUUUGUUAUAAGUCGCGGCUGCUACAUCAGAUUGACUGAGAUGAGGCGUUUUUCGACAGAUUUCAUAUGCUUUUUGAUAUAAAGAAAGUGCAGUGGAGUUAUCGCCCAUGGAAUGAUGAAUAGAAUCAAUAUUGUUGUAUGAAGUAACAAGUGAUGGGU